AUGGCCGCGGACGGGGCCGAGGCAGGUCCGGAGGAGGUGCCUGUGGCUCAGCCUGAGGACCAGGGCGUGCCGAUGGAGGAGGAUGGUGCUCAAGAAGUGGAGGCCGAAGCGAGGCCAGAGGUUCGCAUUGAUGAAGAAGUUCGCGAGCCAACCUAUGAGGAACCCUCAGGGCAUUCGGCGGCGCACGGAAGCCACGGAAACCAUGGAGGGACUCCGAACCUAGAUUCGGGUGUUCCUCCCUCUGGUAGGCAGCGACCGAUCCCGGGUGCUCUGAGCGACAGUGUGGAGCCAGGCCAUGGUGCAGUGGAUGAUGCGGGCGGAAAUCCGCCGCGAGAUCUGGAAGGCUCUGCACUACAGUCGCGACCGGCGUCGCGUGAGAGAAGGGCGGAAGAUGUGGGCCAGGUGGCCCGUUCGCUGGCGUACAUGACUUCGCUGGUGACGACUUUGGUGGGUCGAAUGGAUAGAGUGGAGCAAGCUCAAUCCCGGAAUGGGUCCAGCGCUUCUGGGCGGCAGACUACCACGGCGACUUCGGCGAGGAUGGAGACUCCUAUGGGCGGUACUCCCGAGGCCGGGGCGCUGGGAUGGGUGGAUUUGAACCGCUUGGAUGAGCAUCUGGCGCAGAUGAAUCUGGGAGGGUCCACUCAUCCUCCUGCUGACCGUCCUCUGGCCAGCCUGGAAAGCAUUAUGGCCGGAACCUUCAGUUCGGAUGAUACCGAGAUGGCGAGAGCUCGAGCCGAGCAGGGAGAGGCCCAUGCGAGAGGAGUACCAGGGGCUUUGCUGGGGCCGCUGGCGGAACCUCUGGGACCUGUCGUGUUGGCUGGCCGACCUGGGGAUCCGAGUGGCGGUCAGCAUCAAGGUGUGUCUCAGCGAUCCACCUUGUCGGGAACGAUCCGCCUUGCCGUCGGCACAGCCUCUAAGUACUUCUCAGGGAUCUGCUUUGCCGUCGGACAGCUUCCGAGUGCUUCUCAGGGAUAUGCUUUAGCAUCGCCGCAGGUGGAUGGGGCUCUACCCGAUGGCCCUUUGGCAUUGGCGUUGCCGAUGGAGGCCUCUGGGGAAGUUCAGUUGAGCCAUGAAAGUGGUCAGGGAGUGGGAUCGGGCUAUCGUCGUGACGAGAGCUGUGGUAGUACCGCGUACCACAGUGCAGCUUCCAGACCGGUUCCGGAGAGCGGUGUUGUCACGGAGGAUGCUCCUCCAGGUCUUCCAGCUCAGCGAGGGCAGGGCCUUGUGAUUGGGGCCCCGGCAAGUGGUUUGGUCUAUGCCGAGGGAGCGUGGAGACCCUACGUGAUGGUCCAGGGGCAGAUGGUUAUCCAGAAUAUGGAGGCGGCAGGUGCGUCGGCGGUUGGACUCUUUUUGGCCGCCCCGACGUAUACUCCUGCCAACCUCUCCGGUGGAACGACGAGCGUACCUGGACCGGUGCCUCCCCCUCCGCCGUCUACUCCGUCUCCGGGUUAUGGAGGUGGGACUGCGGCGGGCUACCACGCGUCGGAAGUGGAGGAGCCAAGCAAGUUGGUGAUGAAGCUGCCGCCUCUAGUGGCGACGAAAGGCCAAGACGCGGCGGUUGUGGCGGGUGACUGGCUGGCACAGCUGGAGCCGAGCAUGUCGAGUUUGAGCAGCUCUGCGGCUUCAUGGUGGCAGGCCUUGAUGGAGAGAGUGAGGGUGCUGUACACCCGGUGGUUGGAGUCGACGCCUAUUCUGAGGCUUCAGAUUCGUCAGGAGGUGUUAGCGCAACGGCCUGCUCUCGACAAGUACCAGAGGGUUGAGCAGAGGGCUUCCAUGCUGUUGCUUGACAGCUUGCCGGAGGACUUGCGAGCGGAAGUGGUGAGCGUGAGGGCGGUGACGGUUGAGGCGAUGGUUUUCCUCGUCCACUGCUCCUUUCAGCCUGGUGGUUCGGCCGAGAAGGCGUACUUGCUGCAGUUCCUCACGGCGCCGGAGUCCGGAAACUCAGUCGACACGGCUUUGUCGUUGGCCAGGAAGUGGGUGCGACUUUUGAGGCGUGGCAAGGAACUUCAGGUCGUGCUGCCGGAUCCGAGCCUCUUGUGCCGUGGCUUGGAUAAGCUGCAUGGGGGCGUCUUUGCGGGCAACAAACACCCCAGUGCGGCCUUUCGCAUCGCCAGCUUCAAGUUGGAACGCCAGUUGGACUACAAGGCCAUCGCCAAGGACGUUGAGGACUAUGCGCAGUUGAUCCUUGGCGAGUUGGAGGCCGCUUUGCUGGCGCAACCAUUGCCCUCCCAGCCCAAACUCAACCGUAUGGAGGAGACUGUGAUUGCUGAUGCGGGCAAGGGCAAGGCCAAGGGCAAAGCGCGACAGCCAUGCUGGGCCUGGUCGCUGCUGGACAUGUGGGAGCAGUUCCCACCUCAAGCCGCAGUGCCCAUUGCAUGGGCAAGGGGGGGGAAGAAGGGCGGUGGCAAGGCCAAAGAUGCAGUGAGGAAAGCAGAGGAGGGCUCUGCGGGCGAUGUUGGAGCCGCGGUGGCGGCUUCGUCGGCGCCUACCACUACCUCGGCGCCUUCGGCGACGCCGGGCGAGUCGGCCCGUGAGGACUUCUUCGAGGAGGCGGCGAAGGCUUUGAAGUCCUUGAGGUUGGCCCGAGCUACUUUGGACCGGGUUAGCGCUCUUGGUGAAGGUGCGGUUCGCCGUGCUCUGGUGGAUUCAGGAGCGACUACCUCAAUGAGAUCUGCUGGUGAGCGGGAACUUCAAGGCUUGCCUCGGAGGAAAGUGUUGUUGGCGGAGGGCGAGGCAGUGUUCUACCAGCUUCCGGGCGGGACGCUGUUGACUGAGAAGGCGACUGCCCCGAUCCUUGCCAUGAGCGACCUGAUGGAGAUCGGCUGCCGGGUGGUGUGGAGCUCUGACGAAGGGUGCCACAUCACUCACCCUGUGCGGGGGAACUUGUGUGCUCGGAUCUUCAACGGCUGCCCUGAGUUGGAGGAGCAGCUGGGUUUGGACCUCAUUGCAGAAGCCGAAGCCACGAAGUUCCGACGUCGUGAAGCUGAGCUCAUGGUGAACAAGCUUGUGAUGCAGUGUGAGCCUGAAGCCCGGCUGGACUGGGAGAUGGGAACCAAGGCGGUGAAGGACCUCCGUAAUGGUGUGGGCCUUGCUUGGGCUUGGCUGUAUCGGGCCUUUCCGGAAGG